CAGUGCAACGGACGAGACAUCGCCAGCGCGGCGUCUUCAAGGCAAGUCUGAGAGGAAGGUCGGCGGCUUCAAAACCAAAAAAGGAAUAUUGAGAGGAUAUAGUUAUGAUUUCACCAUAGGCGCUGAUUUUGAAAACAACGUGCUAAUGGAUCUCACAUUUGAAGUUUUCAGCCUUUUGGCUGCGGGGAAGUACUAGCGGCAUAUCGGCAAGGAACUUUGCCAGGCCAAUCACCACUUCGGCCGAGCGGAAAGAAACACUGCACAGUCAAAUUCAGACUGCACACCACACAAGUCUUUCGCUUUUGGGCAGCGAGGGUAAAGUGAACAUCUUCAAGAUAUCCCCAGGGAAUGUGUGCCGCGAGAGCAUUUUCGUGCAAAGGAAAUGAUACUUCACUAAUAUUCCUGUCGCUUUCUUUUUGACAAUGGAGAGCAAAUGAAAGGGCCAUUUUCGCUGGAUUGAGCUGCUCACCUAACAGAAUGCGGGACGGAGACCUACAGAACGUGUGCAAAUGGGUGCUGCUCCUUACCCUCUGCCUGGCGUCUCUCUGGGGACGGCUGACGCUGGCGUCAUCGCAUAGGAGCCACAUAGUACAUGUCAAAGCGGGGACCUGCGAAGUCAUUGCUGCCCAUCGGUGCUGCAACAAGAACAAGAUCGAGGAGAGGUCUCAGACCGUCAAAUGCUCUUGUUUCCCUGGGCAGGUUGCUGGGACAACAAGAGCUGCCCCUUCCUGUGUGGAUGCCUCGAUAGUGGCCCAGAAAUGGUGGUGUCAGAUGCAGCCCUGUAUGGAUGGAGAGGAGUGCAAAGUGCUGCCAGAUCUCAAAGGAUGGAGCUGCAGCACGGGCAACAAAGUCAAGACAACCAAGGUCACUCGAUAGUCCAGCCCUGCUUGGAUCGGACGGCUGGCAGCAGACAUACUUUUAUAUACUGCGG